AUGAAUGGCACAUCAGAAAGCCUUCUCCCCAUCGCCGAAAGGGAGGAGGAAGUGAAGCUGAGAACAUGUAUCUACAACCUGGCAAUCAUAGCAGCACCGCAGGUAGUAUCAAUGGUAUUGAAUUACCUACCACAGACCAUCAACGUUUUAUUCAUCAGUAGAUUGGGCGACGCUGACAUGUUAGCAGCAGUUGGUCUUGCUAACCUAGUCUUCAACAUAGGGGGAGUGUCCUGUGGGUAUGGCAUAAACCAGGCAAUAGAAACUCUAGUAUCGCAGAGUCGUGGGAACAGUGGGCAUCGGUUGGCUUCGAUACACAUGGCCAAAGGGAUGUGUAUAGGCCUGCUCUUAUCAACAAUCCUAUUCAUCGUCCUACAAUUCACUGAGAUCGUCCUCAAAUUCCUUGGCCAGGAUCCUGUGGUGGCUAGACAUGCUAUGGAUUAUCAGCACUCCAUGUACGCUAUAAAGCAUCGUAUUGAUGGUAUGUCUGUUGAAGGUACUCUGGUGUUACCUAUUGGUUACACCAUCAUCAGCUAUACCUCGAGAUGCUCUACCAACAUUCACUCGGAGUAUGUUCUAUGGAUGGUGGGAAUACCUCAAGAUUGGUAUACCUUCUAUGAUUACCUUAUGCUCCGAAUGAUAGUCGGCCUCCUCCAGGACUCAGCUCAGCUCGCUGCCCAUGUAUCUGUAUGUAACGUGUCAGUGCUGAUGUUCAUGGUCAGCUAUGGUCUACAGGCAGGCCUCAGUGCCAAGAUUGGUGCAGCGGUGGGCUCUGGCAACUUGUAUCUGGCGAGGAUGUAUUGCAAGUGUGCAACCCUUAUGGGAGGAUGUAUGCUUGUCGUUAUUGAGCUCACCCUCAUCACCUUCCGGAGCACCAUCGCGAGUUUCUAUGCGGCCCGCGAGCCAGAGGUAUCAGGAUACCUCACAGUUCUGAUCUUCCCCUAUCUUGGCAUACAAGAGGUUUUUGAUUUUGCCCAGGCUUGCAUGCAAGGAGUCUUCAAGGGCCUAGGUAUCCAGCGGUAUGCGGCAGUAGUAAACCUCUGUUCGUAUUAUCUCUGCAUGUUGCCAUUGGGUUACCUCCUCUGUAUACAUUUCGAGCUCGGUGUAUAUGGGAUGUGGAUGGCGUUCAUUGUCAGCGUUGCUGGUGUAGCAUCAUCAUAUUCUAUAAUACUCAGAAGUACUGACUGGUCGAAGCACAUGGAUGCGGCUCACGUUAGAAUUAAGAGAGCUUUGUGA